AUGGCUUUCCGACAACCCUUGUCCCGCUAUGGACAAUGCAACUCAUACUUUGUUGAGACACAAGAUGACGGCGUAUACGCCGCUCGCGCAGAAGAGAGGGAACGUGCCCGGGCUAUCGCACGCAUGCAGCAGCGAGCCCUCGCAGAGGAGCUGUCAAGAAUGACUGCGGAAGAAUACCAAGAAGACAUCAUGGACCACAUGGAGUACAUGGAGUCACAAACUCUACCUGACGUCAACUCAAUUGACAUUCAGACCGAGAUCCAAUGGUUCAUGCGUCCGUACCUUCUUGACUUCCUCGUUGAGGCUCACGCUGCCUUCCAGCUGCUUCCCGAGACCCUCUUUCUCGCCGUAAACCUCCUCGACCGCUAUUGCUCUCGCCGCGUCGUAUACAAGCGUCACUAUCAAUUAGUUGGCUGUGCUGCCUUGCUGAUCGCUGCUAAGUACGGUGACAAGAAAGACCGUGUGCCUACGGUACGGGAGCUCAAGUCGAUGUGCUGCUCGCUAUACGACGAUGAAAUGUUCACCCAGAUGGAGUGGCAUGUGCUACAGACCCUAAACUGGAUCAUUGGGCACCCCACGGUUGACGCCUUUCUCCAGGUUGCUCUUGCCGAAGGACCUUUUGACCCGGAGGUUGAGCACAUGUCCUUGUACAUUGCUGAGAUCGCUCUGUUCCAUAAAGAGUUUGUGUCCACGAGGCCAUCGAUCCUCGCGAGAUCCUCGCUCGCCCUUGCUAGGUGUAUCCUCUCUCGCAAUGACCACAAGGUGUCUGAGUGGGCAGCCACGUACGAUCCCCAGACCGUUAUGAGCUUGUCCAACCACCUGUACCAGCCUUCGCAAGUCCUUUCUCGCAAGUAUUCAUCCAUGCACCUCUCGAAUGUCUCAACUACUGUAGACGAAUUCCUUCAGCGCCAGGCGCAGAUUGCUCGACGAGCUGCAGCCCCGCCGACACCCCCUGCGUCUGUUGGAUUGGAAGAGCCCAAGUCCAUGUCGGAUGCUUAUGGACCCCAGACACCUCAAAAGAACCAUUACUCUGCUGCUGUUCUGCAACAUGGUUGCCUCACACCACCAAUUACUCCGGAGAACGAGCAGUUCGUGGCCAAGUCACUCCCAAUGGCGCCCACCACCUACCCAACAACUCCGACACCCGAGCAUCCAGCAAACAUGCAUCAAGCACAGUACUAUCACAACACCUACAUACAACCUCAGCCGCAGUACUGA